AUGUGGUUAGAGACGAGCACCCUUGCGGUGACAGGAGUGGACUUUGAGACGAGCUCCAUCCUGUCUGACUCCCACGAGACAAAGAGGGGUUUUAAAGCGCUCCUCAAGUGUCUGUCAGGACGAUUUUGCAGCAGAGAGCUGAUCGGCAUCAUGGGCCCCUCUGGAGCCGGGAAAUCCACUUUGAUGAACAUUCUGGCAGGAUACAGGGAAACCGGCAUGAAGGGCACAAUUCUUGUAAACGGCCGGCCACGGGAUCUGAGGACGUUCAGGAAGAUGUCCUGCUACAUCAUGCAGGACGACAUGCUACUGCCACACCUCACUGCACGGGAGGCCAUGAUGGUUUCUGCCAACCUGAAGCUGAACGAGACCAUGCAGGUCAAAAAAGAACUUGUGGAUGAGAUCCUGACCGCUCUGGGUCUCCAAGAAUGUGCCCAGACCCGGACCAACUCUCUGUCCGGAGGUCAGUGUAAACGACUGGCCAUCGCCCUGGAGCUGGUCAACAACCCUCCGGUCAUGUUCUUCGAUGAGCCCACCAGUGGUCUGGACAGUGCGUCAUGCUUCCAGGUCGUUUCCCUCAUGAAGUCUCUGGCUCAGGGAGGACGGACAAUCAUCUGCACCAUUCAUCAGCCCAGUGCCAAGCUCUUUGAGAUGUUUGAUAAGCUGUACAUCCUCAGUCAGGGUCAGUGCAUCUACAAGGGAACCGUCCCGUAUCUCAUCCCUUACCUGAAGAACUUGGGUCUUCACUGUCCAACGUAUCACAACCCUGCUGAUUUCAUUAUUGAAGUGGCAUCAGGAGAAUACGGAGACCUGAACCCGGUUCUGUUUGAGGCGGUCCAGGGUGGACUGUGCUCAGAGGAGGGCAAGAAGAACUCCACAGACAAAAGCGACUCCUCCUGUCCUUCUCAGUGUUACACCGACACAGGAACUCUGGAGAAGCGUAGCUUUGCCACGAGCACGUUCACACAGUUCCGCAUCCUCUUCAAAAGAACCUUCGUCACAAUAUGCAGGGACACGGUGCUGACCCAUCUCAGGGUGAUGUCCCAUUUGUCUAUCGGAGUUCUUAUCGGCCUGCUUUAUCUGAAUAUUGGAAAUGAUGCCAGCAAGGUCUUCAACAACACCGGCUUCCUUUUCUUCUCCAUGCUGUUCCUCAUGUUUGCUGCCCUCAUGCCCACAGUGCUAACCUUUCCUCUGGAGAUGUCGGUGUUUAUGAGGGAACAUCUCAACUACUGGUACAGCCUUAAGGCCUAUUACUUGGCUAAAACCAUGGCUGACGUACCGUUCCAGGUGAUUUGUCCAAUCAUGUACUGCAGUAUAGUGUACUGGAUGACUGAGCAGCCUGCAGAGGCAGGUCGCUACCUGCUCUUCAUGGCCUUGUCAACAUCCACAGCCCUGGUAGCCCAGUCGUUGGGCCUACUAAUAGGAGCUGCCUCCACUUCACUGCAGGUUGCAACUUUUGUCGGUCCAGUCACAGCCAUACCUGUCCUUCUUUUCUCUGGCUUUUUCGUCAACUUUGACACAAUUCCAAAAUAUCUACAGUGGAGCUCCUACGUCUCCUAUGUCAGAUAUGGCUUUGAGGGCGUGAUACUCUCCAUCUACGGCAUGAACCGGUCAGAGCUAGAGUGUCCGGACACUAUGUGUAAAUUUCAAAAGCCAGAGGAGGUCCUGCAGCUGCUGGAUGUGGAGGAUGCAAAGCUUUAUGUUGACUUCAUGGUGCUGGGCGUCUUUUUUCUCGUCCUCAGACUGGCCACCUACCUGGUUUUGCGUUACAAAGUCAAGUCGGAGCGUUAAGAUGUCUAGAAGGUACCAUGGAUGGAUUUGAAUGCUUAGCAGUGUGAGAAAACAUUGUUUCUCUUCCUCCAUUUCCACUUCACAUUCACACUAUUCAUCCAAAGCUGUGCUGCAACAUCACCGUAACUGGACUGUGGUACAUGGACUGAAGGGGUUUGGGACUUUAAUAAAGAUUAAGGCUCACCAAGAAAACAGAAAAUAAAAAUAAACUGGAUUAAGAUACAUUAUUUUGCACAGCAAAGUAACCAUACGCAUGUUUCAUUAA